AUGCUGCUCCCAUCCGCCCUCCCAUGCGAAGUGCGCCGGUCGUCUCGCUUCACUCCCAGUCGCCUAUUCUCGACACCUCCCCCAUCCGACACAGGAUUUCCAUCAGGCAACGGUCUCCUCGGCACCUGCCGCGCACUACAAUCUCUACUCAACAAAUCGCCCACACCUGCAUCGCGAUCAGUGAAAUCUCAACGCCUCCAGAGCCCCAUCCCCUUCAACACACCCCGUCGCUCGCCGCGAUCGCACAAGGCCGCGCGCCCCGUCUCUCCUAGACAAACACCACCACCCAGAACUGCCGCUCUCACACCCCCUCCUCCUCCAUCCGCACCCACCCGCGGCGCAAACAAGCGCCGCCGCAACAUUUUCGAUGAUGAUACCAGCGACGAGGAGAUGAGUCGCCCGCGCAACCGCUUCGCGACUCCCAAACGCCGCCGUCACAUCCCCUACAAUAUGCCUCUCGGCCUUUCCUCUACAGACUUUUACUCCCUACACUCUCCCCCUGUCACCCAAUCCCCUCCCUCUCCUCCCCGUCGCCAGAUGGACUAUGACAUCCCAGCUGGCGCACGCGUCGACCCAGACGCGCCUCUGCCCUCCAUCGAGGUGACAGAUGAACGUGCCCCUACUUCAGCUCCACAAGACUGGACCGCCGAAGAAGACCAACACCUUCUCGAGCUGGUCCUCGAGAAAUUCCGCCUCUCCCAACAAGAAUGGGACGAGUGUGCGCGCCAAAUCGGUCGCAGCCACGUCGGGCCCAGGUGGCAGUCCCUCGUUGGUGAGGGUCGUGUUGGCCUGCGUCCGCGUCGGUGUUGA